GUUGGAGAUAUUAGAUAGAUGCACAAUAUUUUUAUCGCAGCCUCAUACCCAGACCUGUCAGCUAUAUGCCCCCCAGAAAUAGGAUCGAGCGAUAAGACAAAACACAAGAUCAACAGAUCAAUAUGCGGGGAGAAAAUGCGACAUAUUCAAGUACGCCAUCGCCAAAUCGAUGGGGCCAGCCAACCGAUGUCUUUUCAGUACUCCUAAUUCUCGGCGGUGACAUCGUGAACAAGGCCUUGGCUCAACUAGCUGGAGGCACCAUUACACCAGUUUCCUUCUCCUUCGGAUGGGUGUCAUAUGCCCUUUCAGCCUUGCUCGCGAGUGUGAGUAACGCGAAGUUGAUGCCUUCCGCGCUUGAAGUAUCCAGCAUUGUCAUAACAACUAAGAAUGGCUACUCGCGUCCAAACAACAGUUGGGUGUUGAGUCGAAUACUCCGAGACUAUGAAUCAUGGAUGGACAUUGCCGUCCGACUAAAGCUGAACUCGAUCAUGGAUGAUCGUCAUAACUACCUGAAGAGUCACACCAAGCCAGGUACACCAGUACCCAGACCACAAAAGAGUGGACUUUGUAUUGCAGUAUACGAACCUUCUCGAAGAAGUCGCGCAGGAGAACCUAGGCAUGACUUGGUGUACUGGAGUGGUUUUCCUAUUAUUUUAUCGCAGAUUGCAGUCGCUAUUGUUCCACUACUCUCGGCUUCGAGAGACUGGUCGGUAAUGGUCAUCACCGUGGUGGGUACCAUCUUAUCGUUCCUAGUUGGUGCUUUGUCACAGUGGCAAAGAGAGAAAUGGUUCUGUCGGCGAAACGCUAUGAACACCUAUGCCCUUACUCGCGGUAAUGGAUCACAGCACGCAUUGAUCAUCCUGGGCAACGGUCAUGGCUUAGAUCUUGAAGAUUUGGCAGCGGGUAUAGAGACUUUGGAAACAGCCGCUGCAGGUUGGAAAACGAAAACGUUUCUAUUCAUCAUGGGUUGGUCGUGGAUCUUAUUACUGAUUGCGGCGGCAGGAUUAUCGCAGCCAUCAUGGUAUCUUCUCGCUGUGGGUGGUAUUGGAAUGAUGCACAAUCUUUUCGUCGCUGGCUGGCCACGCCAUCCAAGCGCCAUGGGAAUUCAUCUAAAAUUCCGCACAGUCAUCGGUCACAUGUCGACUAUGGAGGCUCUCUUAGCUUUGGAGGCUCAGUACACUCAUGCUGGACGAAGUUUACUUCCAAUCUACUUCCCUGGUCGCAUUUUCCCGGAAGAGGAAGCUCAAUGGGAAGCACUUCGGCUGAAGGCAGAACACGAAGAAUCUGUGCAGCGUCAGAACAUCCAAGCAGGGCGAGCUAGACCACCAAUGCUACCCUUGGAAUCUUGGAUUCUACAUGCUAAGAGUUAUGAAGGGAAGAGGAAGUAAGCCAUCCUGCAGCCUAGCGAAAUGGAAAGCCUACUGGGUCAUA